AUGUCGAACGUGUGGCGUGAUAAGAAGUACACUCUGGAGUAAUUUAAGUGUAUCCAAUAUUUUCUCUGGUGGAUUGCUCUGGAGGAGGAUAACUUUCCAAUUUGACUAUUUUUUCUUUUCUUUUUUCAAAAUCUGUCUCUGUCCAUGUCCGGUGUCUAAUCUAAUUCUAUGUUGCACACAGACAAGAAACAAAGCCUUCCUGUAGUUUUGCAACCAGAAUGAAGCCAACCACACUUCGAGAUAGUCAGACUCUGUAAUUUUUACUAAAAAGCCUAAUUCAACAAGGCUCUCCUCUUUGGGAAAUAAGGAACAAUUUUAGCUGUAUUGGAGCUCCUUCUCUCUUACAAGGUAUUUGUGGGAAAUGUUAGUUCUAAGUAUGAAUUCAAAAAGGCAGAGGCGCCCAAAUGUUAGGCUAGGGGAAAUAGGGGAUGUUCCUGCAGCUUUUGCGUGUGGGUUCUAUCAGAAAACCGAGGAAAAUUUAGGGCACAAGAGUUAUGAAAUUGAUGUGCUGAACCCUAAUGAUUCUGCACACAGUCACUUGUAUGGGUUUGCGAUGCAGAAUUCUCCUGAAUGUGUAGUUUUGGGACCUGGUGUUUCUCCAAGGAUUCCAGUUGAUUCGCCGCAGAACAGAGAGAAUAAGAAUCCGAACUCCUCAAAAUCAGCUUUUGAAUUAGUGAAGUCGGAUGAAAUUGAUAUGACCAACAAUUUGAAUUUUGGUACCAUAACAAGGAAAUGUAGGGUCAUGAAGCGGCGAGGCCGUAGCAUCAAAGGAACUAGUAAUGUUUUUGGCAGUACUUGGAGUUCUAAACUUAACCCCCAACUUCGUAAUGAAGAUAGUAAGGAAUGCAGUGUAAAGGAGUUUGUGACGUUCACUUCAGAUGAAUGCAGUAAGGAAUGCAGUGUAAAGGAGUUUGUGAGGUUCACUUCAGAUGAAUGCAAUGACUAUUACCCUGAUAAUGGCUUUAAGGACUUGUCAGAUCAUGAAAUACCAGCUACAAGCAAAGAGGUUUGUGAGUUCAAUAUGGAUGAACCUGCUCACGAUACGAGACAACAUAGGAACUCCAAUGAGUCCUGGCAGGGGGAUACUUGUAAUGAAGGGAAUAAUGUAUCUCCUAUAUCUAAUCAUAUGUGGGAUGAGAUGAAAUUAGGUGGUGGUGAUGUAAAUACUGUUACAAGAUGGUUGGAGGACCAAGGAUUUGGUAAAUAUGCUGGUAUAUUUGAAGUGCAUGAAGUGGAUGAGGAAGUUUUGCCACUGCUUACACUUGAAGAUCUCAAGGAGAUUGGUGUAUUUGCUGUUGGACCUCGAAGGAAGCUGUACACUGCAAUACAGCAACUGAGAAAAGGAGGCAUUUCUGCUUGUCAACAUAUUCAAAUGAAGAUGUAGGUAAUCGUUCUUGGUAUUACCAGCUCUUUUGUGCAGGAAAACAUCACAAGUAUAUAUGCAAGUGGUUUUUGGGAUUCCUAACACGUUUCUGCUUUUGCUUUCCUUUGCUCUUUCUGUUGAUAAGUUGAUAUUGCCUGGUUCAUAUUUAUUUUUUGUCCUAUGGUUGGUUGUUACUGAAACUUUUUGCUCCUAACGUGUCACCAACUCCUAUGAUAUACUGACUUGUUAUUAUAAACUAAGCAUGCAAUUAUCAGUGGUUUGCCGCGGCAGAGUUUUUCUUCUGGUAAUAGCAAAAGCCUUUGUAAGAGUUAGGCUAUGUAUUUAGUUGCUGGUUAUCAAUAAAGAACACCGGAAGUUCUUCCAUUUGU